AGCAGAGGGCAGCAACAGAACAUCACACAGUGCAACAGAGCUCAGAUCUGGGAUCAGUGUUGAUCUCUCAGCCUUCAUAAUCCAGACAGAGUUCCUCCGGAGUCUCUUCGGGGAGACCAGAAACAGCUCGACUGAAAGUCCCAGCCAUGGAAGGCGACAACAUAAUAAUGCCUGUUUAACCCUGGGACGUUUAUCAAGAUGCCAGGCCUUUUGUCCAGUCCUGUGUGUCUGACAGUCAUCUGGUUUUUAUCUUGGUCGCUGCAUCUUAGUUGUGCUCAGGUUUGGACCUAUGAAGUGUCGGCCGUGCAGUAUGGGCGCUUGGAGUCGAAUGUGACACUGGCAUGCGGGAAAUCACAAAUCAGAACACCUGUGGUGUGGCAUCUCAACCACAGCUCAGCGCUGCCAUGGCACAGAGUGGCAUCAGACGGCACGCUGGUCCUGCUCCACGUCGAGCACACGGCGCAGGGCGUCUACAGCUGCUAUGAUAACCAGGGGCUGCUCCUUCACUCUGUCAAACUCAGGCUCGGCCAUCCCCCGGGGCUACUGAGCGUUUCCUGUCAAGUGCCCAAUCACACACAUGUCCGCUGCUCAUGGGUGGAAUCAGUGAAGACCUUCCUGCCAGCCCAGUAUAAUGCCUCCUUCAGGGGCAACGGUCAAGAAUGGCGGCCAUGUGUCCUGGAUGUCGCCAGGAAGCAUUGUGACGUGGAUCACCCGGCCUUCUGGCAGACCAUCCACACCCUUAGGAUCACCGAGACCAACGGCCUUGGGUCUGAGACAACAUAUGUCCGCUUUAGGUUACACGAGCUGUUGAAACCAGACCCUCCAGAGUCAGUGCUGGUGAAGGACCUGGAAGGUUACCCAAAGAGACUGAUCGUCUCGUGGGAGAUUCCCUCCUCGUGGCCGUUGCACGACGCGUUCCCCCUAAUAUUUCAGAUCAGAUACAGACCACAGGGCUCUGCAUACUGGUCAGAGGUUUACUCAGAGGAAAGUCCUGUCGUGAUAUUCGAUGCUCUGGCCGGCUACGUGCACCAGGUGCAGAUACGCGCCCGUGACGAGGUCAACGCUGAGAGCCAGUGGAGUGAAUGGAGUCCGCUGCUUUUAGUCCGGCCCUGGGAAGCAUACUCAACCCCCGACCCUACAGAGGAUCUUCCACCAGAUGCAACAGACUAUUUCUUCCCUUUCAACGCAAAGCCCGAAAACGCAACUGAAAAGUCACACAAUCCUGAACUUGAGGGCGACGGUAAUUUGGGUUUGGUGAUUUUGCUGGUUUUGUUCUCCGUGGUCAUCCUCAUCACCGUCCUUUCCCUCAUCUAUGUUGUGUGGGUGAGGCAGCAGCGGCGUGAUCAUGUGACCAAACAGGAACUCACCUCUAUGGUCAAGAUGAAGUCCAUGCCAAUCUAAAGUCCAUUUCAAGUAUCCUCUGUUCAUUGGCCCGUUCUAGGGCUCCACCUUGGAGUCGGCCUCCGCCGACCAUCCACAUCCAUCUACGUCAACCACAACGCAACAGAGUCCUUCAGGAUCCGGGGGGGGGGCGGGGCGACAGGGACGAAACACGUAUACAGGGAAACUGCAGAAGAACAGACAAGCUGCAGGAUUUCCCCCCCUGGACGUUUACCUGCAGCACCCACUCCCCCGCCCACAGCGACACACGAUCCGUUCCGUCACGUCAGCAGCUUCACUGCAACUCCCUCCUCGGCAGACAGGGGGCGAGCAACCCUGCAGUGGGGGGCGGGACAUUAACGUUCACUCACUACCGAUUUGCUGCUUCACGUGGACAUGGAUCCCUCGAGAGGGGAGACGAUAACCUUUGAAACUUUAAAUAACGAUUAAUUAACGACAGGAAGUGCAGCUGCCAAACAGGAGAACAUACAGUAGGUUUGCUUUUGAGAGAGAACUCACUCACUCACUCACUCACUCACACGCUCACUUUUAUUUUGAAUUUAGUUUUUUUGCUCACAUUCAUCGUGAGACAAAGAUGAACCGUUUGUCUGUUACGACACCAACUGCCCGACCGACUCAAUGCUGUGAAGGAAGCAUAACUGCCAGUCUCUCUCUCUCUCUCUCUCUCUCUCUCUCUCUCUCUCUCUCUCUCUCUCUCUGCAUCUGAUGCCAAAGCAGCGACAGUGGGCAUUAUGGUCUGAGCUGAGGGGGCAGGAAAAAGGUCCAGGCGAGGGCGACCUGGGUUAUUUAGACUAUAUUUUCCAUUUAUGACGAGUGAUUUUUUCUUUUUUUUAAGUUGCAUGAUGGUUUUUUUUGUUUUGUCGUCUGAUGUUUUUGUAUUUUUGUGUUAUACCUCUUGUCCUUCCCCUCCAUCCGUAGUUGUUGUGCGUGGAGAAUGGAAGGAGUUCGGGAGAAGAAAGAGAGAUGCAGGCCUUUCACAAACCCACCAGCAUCAGCACGUAGUGAAGAGUAUAGAUAUUAGAUAUUAGAUAUUUAACUCUUCUGUCUGAACUAGAAAACACUUCUUUCUCAGGUUUGGUCAUAGUUUAACGUCGCAUUGAGUCAGUUCAACUUGGAAAUAAUCGAUUAUUCCCUCAUUUAAUCAAGGAAUUUGAUUUUAAACGAGUAAUUCCUCCGCUUUUAGCACUUGGCCCUUAUUUUGAAAUUAAUACGUUAUAAACGUUGAGCUUUUGAGUCUUUUGCCUCCAAUAUCUGUCACUGAUACGAUUAAAAAAAAUGAUAGAUUAUAUCCAAAAAUGUAAAAUUAUAUGCAGAGAACGUUUUAAGACCAGAGUAUAUUAAGAAAAAAAUCACCUUAGCUUCAAGUCUUUGGGGAAAUUGCACUUAUUAAAGGUCCAGUGUGUAAGAUUUAGGAGGGUUUACUACGUAAGUGCACAAUUACCUAAAAAAAAAGCCUUAAAAAUAAGCCUUUUUAUAUAUAGUCGAGAGGGGAAAAGAGAAGUUGAUUGUGGGUUGCAAUCUGCAGUUUCACCAUUAGAUGUCACUCAUUCUUACACACUGGACCUUUAAGUAACUUUGACGUUGUGUCUUUUCAAUAAUUAUGGAGAAAAGUGAUGGACUCACAUGCAGCCAGUGCACCAGCAGCAGCAGAACAUGGAGCAGCGGUUACCACGGAAACACGUGCACACACAGUGAGUUGAACCCAGAACACUACAGUGUGUUAAGAAUGAAUGAAUGAAUGUGGACGAGGAGGUUUUUGGUUAAGGGAUCCUCUACAUUUCUGAGGGGAAAAUAGUGAAGUUUAAGAGGAAAAAUAAACAAGGACAAACUCCGUCUUUAUCGCCAAUGUCAGUGUAGCUGAAAGUAGCAGCGUUUUUUUUACGAUUGACAUCAUUGGAAUCCCAUGAGUGUGUUCCGACCUCAACGUGGGAAUUUCUGACUCCCUGAAACGCACCAUGAGAAAAGACUUGACCCGGAGCGACUCUAUACUUGUGUGUCACAACCCACAGACUCAUAGGAAAUAGAGACAUUUAUUUUGGGGUGACGAGUGUUUGAAAAGUGUCUGAAAAUACCUCCAAUGCAGUCGAGCAGUUUUUGUUUUGUGUUUCACUUCUGCCUUUGACACCUGCAGCUAAAACCGUGUAUGUGUGUGUGUGUGUGUUCCAUUCUCUUUCUCUGGCUGUUAAAAUCAUCUGUAGAUUCACAUUUCUCUUGUGAUCUGUUGAUUGACUGACUGACUGUGCAAUUUGUCCAAAAACACAAGGUGCAUCUGGGUCUUUUUAUUUUUUGGACGACUGUAUGUUCUCUCAAGCUAGCUCUUCAUAUUAUGCAUGAAUCCAGUUGAAGCUUCUUCGUCUUCUUUAUUUUUCUUUUUGUAUAUUAUUGUAUAUCACACUUUUAAAAAACAAAAAGUUCAUAUGUUUAUGUGUAGAAAACAAAAAUGUCUGUGGAACGUUUUCACACACAUGGUUUAUAUCAGCUCUGACUAACAGUUUUACACUAAUUAUUUUAAAAACCUGUAGAUAUUAGGGACUGAUGUUAUCUUUAACAUUGACCUUAAAGGUAUUUUAAGUAAGAACUGUUAUUAUUUGGCUGUUGGAUGAACUGAAAUUGUAAGAAAUCAAGACAUAGUUAAAGAUAACAACACAUUAUUAGACAAUAGAAUGAAAAAAAAAUGUUUUAAAAGGGGUAGCAGGAUCAUAACAUCUGGUAAAAAUUAAGUAACUAAGUUUUUUUUAAAUGGAUAGAAGGAAUACAAGAUGUUAAAAAUUGAAGGUACAUAGAAAUGUAAAAAAAUGUAAAAACAUUGAAAAGUUUCUGAAAAUCUAUAAAACAACCUCACAUUUAUAUAUUAGUUUAGUUUAAAGCACUAAAACUAAAAAGAAAAAGAGUCAUUAAUAUGCAUUUUAAGUCCUAGAUGUCUAAAAUCUUAAAUAUAAUACCUUUAAAUGCCCCAAAUUAAAUACUAUAGGCAGAGGCAGUAGAUUUACUGGAAAAAAAUAAUAUUUUUCAACAACAAAAAAAAAAACAAAAUAAAAGGAAACUCGUCAGAAUUUCAGGCUUCCAUAGAAUCUGUAUUUCCAGAGAAUAAAAAUCCCUCAAGUGUUUUAAGGGAGAUUCCUGCUGUUGACUGAGCUGAUGAUAAUCCAUGUCUGUGGAAACUUCCCUCACUCCUGUGUGUGUUUGUGUGUUUUGUUGUCUCUGUCCAGUGAUAUGAAGCUGUGUUACUGUACAUUUACUGUAUGGACAAUGUGUUUACUGAACUCAUCGAUAUCCUCCUCCUCCUCCUUUUCUUCCUCCUCUUCUUCCUCCUUCUCAUUUUGUGUCACUCCUUUGUUUGUCAGAUGAACCACAGAUUAUUGUGUUUUUGUUUUUGUUCCUGCAUCAUUUCCCCUGUGCGUCACUCAAAGACAGCCACGUAGUCUCCAUCAAGAAAAAAAACAUUCAUUUUGUACAGCAGAUUAUUAAAAACCAAUAUUUUAAAAAAAAUAUAUAAAGUAAAGUAAAACAUGUGUCCAAUAUUUUUUAACUGGAUUUAAAGUGCUCAUCUUAAAAUAUCAAAAUUAUCAGAAGCUAUUUUGUAAUAAAUUCACCUUGUUUAGGUCACUAAAUAUGAUGUGUUUACAAUCUAAAAAGCCAGGAAUUCAAUCAGGAGAGAUUUUUAUGAUAUAUUUUUGUCUAAACUUCGAGUCAGAAGCAUCGUGACGUAGGGUUUCAUGUGGGUAAUGUGCAUUAUUAGUGCUUUUUACUCAAGGUUCAAGUGUAUCCGUGUUUGUUUGUUGCUUUUUCACUGCUGUGUUGUUUCCUCUUGUGUUUCCGUCAGUCCUCGUCCGUGUUCCUCUGCAGUAUGUGACAGCAGAUGGAGCCUGUUGGUUUUAGUUCUUAUAACUCAAAUUGCACUCAGGCAUCCAUUCUCAGAUGUACAUAGUUUUGUUUUUGUUUUGUUUUUUGCUUUAUUUGUACGACAGAUAUCACCAUAAGCUGUUUUUUUUCCUCUGUCUUUGUAUGUUUCCGUGAAAUAAAUACUAUUUUAUCACA